AUGAUCAGCUCUGGAGCUUUAUGGUUAAAGACUGCUCGUAGGACAGCUCGGAAUCGAGCUGAUCACCUUUCAGAUCUUCAGUCGGAUUCGACUGGCGUUUUGCUAAGUGUUCCUAAUUCGGCUUUGUGGGAGAGAUGGUUUACCAUGCGGAGUGACUACGAUCUUGUCGCAACGGAUAGUGUUCCGAGCGUGUCCGGAUGGGACCGUCGAAGCGGCUUGAUUUCGUAUCAUAAUGCAAACUGCCUGAGGUCUCUCGGCUCACGUUCGGGUCAAGUGCGAUUCGGACGUGCCGUCAAAGUAGCUCGAUAUCGUGUUAGACUACAAGCUGCCUUGAGGAGUUCGACUCGCACUCGGCUGUAA